AUCCGGCUCGGGCGCAGCAGGCUGCACGGCGGGUGGCCAGAGCGGCCAGAGUGGCGCAGAGCGUGCGGACUCGUGGCGAUGUUGUGAUAGCGGGCGCGCGCGAGCAGCCAGCCCAGCCACAGUCCGGACGAGUCGCCAGCGCGCGAUGAGCGCGAUUCUGCGUUGCUGCUCGCUCCUCCUCGUCGGCAUCGCCGCGCUCGCGCUCGCCGAGUUCGAGCGCUACCCAGGCGAGGGCGGAGGCGAGCCCGCGGCGGACGAGGCCGCGGCCGGGGCGCGCCUGGGCCGCCUGGUGCGGCUGCUGGAGCGCGGCGGCCUGCAGCAGCAGCACCAGCAGCAGCAGCGCCAGCGGCGUCGCCAACAGGACGAAGAGGCCGCGGCGCGGCGGCAGUGGUCCUCGCGGCUGCUCGAGCAGGCGCUGGCCGCGCAGCGCGAGCAGCUGCUGCGCGAGCAGGCCGAGCCGCUGGAGCGGCCCGAGCUGCUGGAACGGCCCGAGCUGAUCGACCUGUUGCAGCAGGCGGCGCGCGAGCGCGAGCUCGAGCGCCGGAGGCAGCGCCAGCGGCUGCUCCGCGAGUACCAGCGCCAGCAGCAGCGCCUGCAGGAGCUCGACUACCCGGAGCUCGGCGGCGGCGCGGAUCGGCCGCCGGACGAGUUCGCCUACUCGUUCGGCCCGGCGCCCAGUCAGCCCCGGCGCCCGUUCGCCGUGGCGCCCAACGACGAGCGCUUCUACUCGGAGCAGGCAUGGCAGCCGCGGUCGGAGCGUCCGGAGCAGCAGCGGCAGCAGCAGCAGCAGCGGCAGAGCCCGCAAUCCGGCGAAUCGGUACCAAAGGUGGAGCAGCGGCGUACGAAUAGCGGCGACGAUGGCGGCGGCCUAACCGAGCAACUGCAGGUGGUGUCACUGCGCCAGCGGCUGGGCAGCGAGGACGCGUACGCGAUCGCGCUGGUGGCCGGUUGCAGCGCCGCGCUCAUGUUCGCGCUGGUGCUGGUGAGCCUGCUGUGGUGCCGACUGCAGCGCGCCACAAAGGCGGCCAAAGACGUGGAUUAUCCGGCCUACGGGGUGACCGGCCCCAACAAGGACCUCUCGCCCUCAUCCGCCGCCGACCAGCGCCUCGCCCAGUCCGCCCAGAUGUACCAUUUCCAGCACCAAAAGCAGCAGAUCAUCGCCAUGGAGAAGUGCGUGGCGUGCUCCAGCCCAGCCCGCUCACUCACCCCCUCUCUGUUCGGCAGGGCGUCCGCGGGGACCGCCAGAGAACCCGGCUCCGUGUCCGAGGCCGAAAGCGACGAGGACAACGACGAGGGAGACUACACCGUCUACGAGUGUCCCGGUCUUGCCCCGACGGGCGAGAUGGAGGUGAAGAACCCGCUGUUCCACGACGAGCAGACGCCGCAGAUCGCGACGACCGUGUCCAAGCGCGAGUACACCAACGACGGGGACGACGACCUCUAGCUUCGAUGAGCCGCCUAGGAUCGGCCGUCGCGCCACUUCCUCGCCGAGGACUCGCCGCAGCUUCCCAAAUCUCCGCUCGCCUCCGCGAGCUUCCCCGCCGCCUCGACGCUUCUCCAGUCGUAACCGCUCGCGCCGCGUUAUUUUUCAACGAUCUUUCGGCAGGCAGCCGUCGCACACGACACUACACGGCCAUCUCUCGCACCUCACGCUCGCAACGAAUUGACUACUCGCACUACUUACACAUAUCUAAUGUAUUACGCAGUCAAUAACCGAGGACGCGAACGCGCGCGCGCACGAGGCAUGCAGUCAGUCGUUGGUACACUAGUCUACAGUGUAGCGCAGCGUCGCUGGCCCACGCGACGUACUAACCGGCAAACCCAAUCACCGAUUUCCUAGGCUUUGCGAACCGCGUCACCUACUUGCGGAUAUCGCCUGCAGUAUGACACACACACACACACACAUCGUUCGGUCGCAAGACAACGCUUCGACAAAGUGCCAAACAGUAGACACGACAGCUUUACUAGAUGAGCUUUUUGCUUUCGCAAUCGGGACGUCGCGUGGAAUACGGCGCGGGCAGCUCGCGCCGUACCGCGCGCGACGACGGCGAACGGCCUGCGCGCUCUUCGCGAUAAAUAUGCCCGGUGUGAAAAUGCUGCGGCGGCGACUGGGAGAGCAAAUCAAAGCAGAGAAGAGCGCUGGACGCUUAUGUUAACGGAUGCACGAUUGACUGUACGUAGGAUUCACGCGUGCACGCGCCAUAUCGCCCAAGCGUUGAAAUCGACUGCACGACACUUUUGAUGAAUUGAUUAUUUUUCUACGGAAAAGACGAUUCGUUGUGCGCGCCGUCGCGUUUCGUGGUCGAGGCGAUUUCUUGUUGUUCUUUUGUUCUUUGGUUCUUUUUUUCUUUCUUUUUUUUUGUUUAAUCAAUCGGCGACACCAUUUAGUCAUCGACGAGACUGGAGGAAAUUCAACACGACGGUUGCGCUCGCUGCGUCGAAUUGUUUUUACCGCAGCGAACCGACGUGGUUCGUCAAAUUGGAAAUGAACAGGAAGCACAGUACCCGACGUCCACGCUUCUCCGCAAGCUAUUUCGAAGUGUAGUCCGCCAAUUUUCCGUUCAAAUGAAGAGCGAUCGAUUUUGCACCGCGAUGAGAUUUUACCCGCGAGGAGCUGCGGUCAUUUUUACCACGACGCCUCUAUUUUUUAUUUUCACUUUUUACUGUUCAAAACACGUAUAAGGAUGAUACUUUCACUUUAAACUCACGUCUAAUCAACUUAGAGAAUAAGUUGUCGAUGUACGCAUUAAUUCACUUUACUUUCAGAGUGUUCUUUGCGACAAAAGGUCAUUCACUACUAAUGUAUCGAAAUUAUCUUGCGGUUGAUUUCCGCCCAUAUUUAUCGAAAGUUUUAAUGAGGCAAAGUUACGAAGAAAGUUUUUAAUAGAAAUAAAUGAUAAACGUAAGCAAAUUUUUUUGUCCUUAAAUGCACCGACUGAGGUAUAUUUUUGAUUUUUCGACGGAGAAGUAGAGCAAAAAAAGCCGGCUACGACAAGAAAAUUAAAUCAAGAUAUAUAAAUUUUACAGCGUAAUUUUGCGGACCAUGUUUUUUACACAACUUGUACACGUGCACAUAUUGGUUUAGGCAAUCUGACUAAUGGUUUCGCGAAUAUCAGCAAGUAGAAACUAAAAAUUUAGAAAAACAUGUACUUAUGUAAUUGUAAUUCUUCCAAAAGAGAAAGAGCUGAAAAGAAUGGUAUCGUAUAAGUCGAUGACUGCGUGUGUCACCUUACAUACCACGAGUAUCUAUUUACAAUAUGCAAUGAUAGAGAAUAUUUUGUGAAUGAGACAGAAUCUAUAUAUGUAUAAAUAUAUGAUUAAGAAUAUAUCAAUAUACAUGUAUAUGUAAUACCCUCAAAAAUAAAAUGAUUAAAGUCUUAAACAAAAGAG